AUGAUUGUUACUAGGCACAACUCUACGGAGCAGAGUUCUUGGUCCCUAGGCAAGUUCGAAAACCCCUUUCGCAAGCCUGCGGACAAAUUACGCAUGUCGAACAACUUCGACACGGCGGCGCAGUCGGACUGGCAGGGCCAGUACUCGUUCCUCCCUCCGAGCGACAGCACCAUAUUUCCGCAGUCAUACGAACAUGUGACGGGUUCCGCGGGAAACACGGAGUCGUCACAGGCCCAGCCGCGGACGGUGGUCCCCCCGAGCGAAGCACCCAAACCGGAAACCUCUCCACUAGCCCAUCGCCUCGAUCCUCUUGGUCUUCGCCAACCAAAACAGCCGUCUCCGAUCCCCGAGCAGCCGGAAACUCAGGGGGAACAGUACCCACCCAAGGUACCCGAACUGGCGACCGACGAGUCAUUAACCUCGACCGAGACUCGGGGCAUGUCUCUGGCAUCCAAUCCGUUAAGCUCUGUAUCCUCGGUUGGUCAGAGCUCUGAGCCAGCUCCCAGUCAGUCGGUGAAUGAUGGACAAGCAGCCAUGAAAGAGGAGGAAGAGGAAGUGGUGGAGGAUGAGGAGAUGAUUGAAGGGGAACUCGAAGGCGACGCACAGACCCAGCCACAGACUGCGGCCGAGAGGACAGCGCAGCGGCGAAAGAUGAAGCGAUUUCGGCUCACCCAUCAACAAACGAGGUUUCUUAUGAGCGAAUUUGCAAAGCAGCCACACCCCGAUGCCGCUCACCGCGAACGAUUGUCGAGGGAGAUUCCGGGCUUAAGCCCCCGCCAAGUUCAAGUGUGGUUCCAGAACCGUCGUGCCAAGAUCAAGCGUUUGACAGCGGACGACCGCGAGCGGAUGAUGAAGAUGAGAGCAGUCCCAGAAGACUUUGACAGCUUGGGCGCACUUCACUCCCCAUAUGGCGCAGUCCACGGCCUGGGCGCACCCAUUACCUCGCCUGUCGACCUCGGGAGCCCCUCGUACGCUGAUCACAUGAUGCGGCCUCUAAUGGUGGACGUAAGAAGGCACGAGGGCGACGAGCAUCUUUCUCCAACUGGGCUCAGUCCGGCUUUCGGGGGCAUCGGCUUCAACCACUCGACGGGGCUCAGCGCGUCCGACAUUCUCUCCCCUAUUUCCCCCACCUCUACCGACCGUUACGGUUACCCGAACCAUCUUUCGACAGGGCCAUUGAGCGCCGGGCCGAGGACAUCCAACCCCUUCACACGGCAAACCAGCCUUGAUUCAGGAAUGCAAAUGCACAACCACCACUCCCGGCAACAGAUCCGCCCAUUGCAGCCUCUCCAGCUCCGCGAUACUAUGACGAGGUCCCGAUCAGAUAGCUUACAGUCGCCCCUGCGAUCUAGCAUGUCAUGGAAGGGCGAUGCGAUCGACUACACCACGUAUCAUGGGAGCAACCCCUCGGCACACUUGGGGAACCGGCAGCAUGGGCUUUACCACCAAGAUCAAGUGGGCGGUAGCUCGGCAGGAGGCUUGGGCGGGUAUGACUCAAGCAGCUAUUCCGGCUCCACCGUCCAGUCGCCAAAUCACUACUCCAACUUCCAAUCAUCUAGCCUCCAGGCCAACCAGCAACGGAAUUCACGCCUCCGAGCCGCCUCAGCCUCUCUCCCCUUAGGCCUCGACCUACGAACUCAAUUCCGACCCGCGAUCGGGUCAGGGGGCCUCCCGACUUCACCCCACUCUCCGGCGUCGCGAACAGCGUCGACACCCCAACUCGGAGGAGGUGUCUCAUCGAGUUACACGGGGAGCUUCCCGUCCGCGCCCCUCACCGCACCCGUCGAUUUCUCCCUCCCACGCACCUCAGCCUACCACCACCGGGCCCCGACGACCGACUAUUCGAUACCGCAAAUGAGCGCGCCGAUUGCCCCGCCCAACGAUUUCUCCCAGGCUUUCCAGGCCAGCCUGUCGGGUUCUUCCAGCAGCAGGACGCCGAUGAGGGACUCCUUCGGUGCUCCAGGUAGCGGUGGCGGUGGCCCACUUGGACUAGGACAGGGAGGCCCGGGACCGGACCGCGGCGACGAGUAUUCGGAUCCGCUGGGCAUGAAACGGAAGCGCAGUUUUACGAACCCUGUUCCGGCUACGACGAGUGCUGGGGCUUAUGGCAGUGCUGCGUGA